GGUCUUCGAUCCUGCUGGUUUGGUCUUAAUAGGAUUUAAUAGAGUUUCAAUUAUGUUAUUUUGCAUAAUAAAACCGAAAAUUUCUUAAUACACUAGAUUUUCGUAGAAUUCUCACUUCAAUAACCUAAAAUUUCUCGUAUUAACUGUUCUUGGUUCUGAGUGUGGGCCAACGUCGAAGAACAGAACACUCUGCAGAGUGUGGCAUACGUAAAACGCGAAAGUUUUCGAGAUUUACUCUCCCUCUGCUUUUACUUUCACGCAACAUUUCUUAUGAAGAUAAUUCAGUAAUCGUCUAGCCAUCAGGUGUGUAGCCUGCAAGUGAUAAACUAGUGUUUAAUAAAAUGAAGAAAUAUUUAUCAAUAUGUUGCAUGCUGGUAGUGACAGUAAAAUGCUAUCCAGAACCCGCCGUAACAGGUAUACCAGGAUAUACACAACUAUCUGCACAACAAGUGAAACAUUUACAAAAUAGAGGAUUUGGUGCGACACAAAAAACUUUUAGGCCAACGGAAGCUUACAAGCAAGAAGAGGAGGAGUUCUACGAUGAUGACGUUGACAGUGAUGCAGAAUCUAGUCAAAAUCGUGCCCCAACGUAUGCGAAUCAAAAUUAUCCUGUGCAAAUAAAGCAGACUAUUCAACCCAAUUUGAAUUAUCCUAUUCCAGUAAGGACUACUGUGAGCAAGGGUUAUUCUACUCCACUUCCCGAUAAACGGCAGCAACAACAACAACAACACCACCAACAACAGCAGAAGCACUAUUUAAGACGUGGGGAAGAACUUCAGGCAAUCAAUAAAUUAGAAGAAGAAAAAGAGGAAGAAGAAGAACCCGACAGGUUAAGCUUGCUUUUACCACAAACUAAAUUUACUUGCAACGGAAAAACUACUGGAUACUAUUCAGACGAAGAAUUGGGAUGUGAAGUCUUCCACUACUGCCAGGAAAAUGCUAGGCAUUCCUGGAUUUGCCCUGAAGGAUUUACCUUCCAUCAAGUACAUUUGAUUUGCAUGCCACCUGGCGGAGACAAUAUUUGUGAAAAGUCGCACGAUUACCACUUUGUCAACGACUUUUUAUAUAAACCUUUGAACCUUGAAGAAUAUCAACAAAAACCCAACAUUACUUUAAGAUACUCUGACAGAUACUAUCCAGAACAGUACAGGUCCAGAUAUGAUGAAGAUGAUGACACUCCUGUACACCACCAACACUCUAUUCGUGUAACCGGACAACCUCGUCCCCAAUACGCCUCCCCAACAACUCUUAGGCCCCAACAAGUGUACAGGUCACCAGAAGACAUUAACAUUCCUCUACAGCAAAGGAGGCCUAACCACCAAUACGUAACUGACUAUUAGUUAGGUUUUAUUUUAGUUAUUGUUUAUUUGUUAUUAUUAAUAUACCGAACUGUAUAUAAUUUAUGAUCAUAAAAUAACAAUCCGUACCUAUUUAAGAAAAUAAAAGUAUAUUAUUAA